UGGGGAGGGACUGGGACAGAGAGAGACAGGCUGGGAUGGACUGGGACAGACUGGGAAAAGAACCCACUGGGAGCAGAACUGGGGCACCAGGGAUCGGACUGGGAUAUACUGGGACCACACUGAGGGCUACUGGGAGCAACUGGGAGCACGCAGGGCACUAUUGAGAUGUACUGGGAGAGCCUGGGAAUGUUUUGGAUCAUCCUGGGACUGACUGGAAUCAUACUGGGAGUGACCAGAUCUGUAGUAGGGGUGAAUUAGAGAAACUGGAAUAAUGCAGGGGCAACUGGGAUCAUACUGGGAGCAGCUGGCCCAUGCUGGUGUCAUACUGGGAUCAUAAUGGGAUUGAUGGGGUUACACUUGGAGUGCCUGGCACAGUACUGGGAGUGUCUGGGAGCUACUGGGAUCAUACUGGAGGUGACUGGCAUCAAACCAGACUCACACUGGGAGUGUUUGGGAGUUACUGGGAUUGUACUGGAGGUGACUGGACUUAUACUGGGAGCAACUGGGACCACAGCAGGGGCAAAUGGCAUCGUGUAAGGUGUGACUGGGUUCAUACUGGAAGUGGCUGGGGCCACAAUGGACUCUUACAGAGAGGGACUGAGAGGGAAGGAACCGUACAGGGGAUGACUGGGAGCCACUGGGACCAUGUCGGGGGCAGCUGGAUCCUACCGGGAGUGAUUUGGAGCAUACUGGGAGUGACCGGGAUCAUCCAGGGGGUGACCGAGAAGCACCGGGGAGGCGGCGGCGGAGCUCGGAGGCGGCCCCGGCGCAGACACAAGAUGCCCAAGGACUUCAUGAGAUAAAGUGCGGCAAGGAGCCCGAGGCGCUCUCAUCUCAUAUUUUCACCCAAACCAGGAUUUUUCAUUCCCAUGGUGUGUCUGGAUGGAGGAAGAAAAGCCUUGGAGAUUCCGCACAAGGAGGGGCUGCAAGCCCAGCCCAGGGAGCUGCGGGGAGGAAAGAGCCCCCCUGAGCCAGGAAGGCGGCCGGAGAUCCAGGCAGAGCUCAGAGCUGGUGGAGAAGCCUCAUGGCAGGGAGAAGCCCCACGAGUGCUUGGAAUGUGGGAAGGGUUUCAGCCGGCACUUUGACCUGAUCCAGCACCAGGUGGUCCACACUGGGGAACGGCCCUACGAGUGUGAGGAGUGUGGGAAGAGCUUCAGCCACAGCUCCAGCCUGAUCCGGCACCAGAGGUUCCACACUGGGGACCGACCCUUUAAAUGUGAGGAGUGUGGGAAGAGCUUCAGCCAGAGCUCCAGUCUGACUCAACACCAGAGGAUCCACACUGGAGAAAAGCCCUUUGAGUGUGGGGAAUGUGGGAAGAGCUUCAGCCAGAGGGGCCAACUGAUGCAACACCAGGUGAUCCACACCGGGGACCGGCCCUACAAAUGUGGGGAAUGUGGGAUGGGCUUCAACCAGAAGGCCGCAAUGCUGCAACACCAGAGGAUUCACACUGGGGAAAAGCCCUAUGAGUGUGGGGAAUGUGGGAAGUGCUUCAGCCAGAGCUCUGGCCUACGGAAACAUGAGAGGAUCCACACUGGGGAAAAGCCCUAUGAAUGUGGUGAAUGUGAGAAGAGCUUCAGCUUGAAGUGCCAGCUGACAGAACACCAGAAGAUCCACACUGGGGAAAAGCCCUACAAGUGUGGGGAGUGUGGGAAGAGCUUCAGAGGAAGCACAGCCCUGAUUCGGCACCAGGUGAUCCACACGGGGGACCGGCCCUACACCUGCUUGGAAUGUGGGAAGAGCUAUGGGUGGCACUCUGACCUGAGAAAACACGAGCGCAUCCACACUGGGGAGAAACCCUACAAGUGUCCCCAGUGUGGGAAGAGGUUUCAAAGGAGCUCCGAUCUCCUCGUACAUGAGCGGAGUCACACAGAGGAGAGGCCCUUCCGCUGCCCCGACUGUGGGAAGGGCUUCAAGCACAACUCCCACCUCAUCAUCCACCAGCGCAUCCACACUGGGGAGAGGCCCUAUGAGUGUGAGGAAUGUGGGAAGAGCUUCUCAGAGAGCUCAACCUUGACUAAACACCAACGGAGGCGCCACUAAGGGAAGCCCUGUGAGUGCCCUGAGUACUGGAAGAGCUUCAUGUGCUGCUCCAGCUCCAUCCCCCAUGGGAGGGGAGGAUCCGCAUUGGAUGAUCCCCAGUGAUCCCCGUUGGGCAGAUCCCUGAUGACCCUUAUUGGAAAUUGAAGAGAGAGUAAAACAAUGGAGCUGAUAAAGGGGCCUGAUAUCUGAGGCCUGAUGGAGAAACUGUGGGAGACACAGACACAGAUGAAAGCUCCCUGGGCAAGAAGUGACCCAAGAAACAUGUUGUGAGGCUUUGUGAUACGAUAAUGUUACCAGGUGAUGUGAUGUUAUGAAGAAUGUGUAACCAAUGGGGAAUUGUUACCAAAAGUAGAGUCCUAUAUAAGCACCAUAUGAAGUAAAACCCUAUAUAAAUGCCUGGUAUCCUCAAUAAAAUUGGCUUCUGAUGUAAA